UGAGUAGGUUAUCAGUGUGUGUGUGUGUGUGUGUGAGAGCUGGUUAUCAGUGUGUGGAUCAGCUCUCUGCAGGUGCAUUAAUGCUGUAUUACACUGGAGUGUUUCCUCUCUCUGAAGUCAGUCUCCUGUAUGUUGGUGUGUUUCUCACCGCACUGCUGCGUCUCUCCUCACACACACUCCUCUAGAGACGGAGGUGGAGUUCUGUUCAUCAGCGCUGACGCUCUUUUGAUAAAUAUGGAGAAAGAAAAAAACGCCUCCUCUGAUUUGUCUCUGAAAAUGUUUGAUGAUUUCCUCUCCUCUUUCUAAUAAGGUCAUAGUGAGUGUCAUUGGCAGCUGUGGGGAGCUCUCUCUCUCUCUCUCUCCCUCUCUCUCUCUCUUUCUCUCCCUCUCUCUCAGUUUCUUCAGUCUCUCUGGGGGAGUGGAGGUGAAGCUUGUUCUGCUGUUGAGUUGAACGGACUGUGUGCAGGUCAGAGGGAGAUGGACAGCUGUGUGGCUCUCAUUCUUCUGUCCUCUGCAAUCACACUCAGUACAGCUGACAAUGUAAGGUUGGUGGAUGGUGGCAGUCGCUGUGCUGGGAGAGUGGAGGUUCUUCAUAGAGGACAGUGGGGAACAGUGUGUGAUGAUUACUGGGAUAUGACUGCUGCUGCAGUUGUGUGUAGAGAGCUGCGCUGCGGAGAGGCUGUAGAUGUACUGAGUAAAGCUCACUUUGGACCAGGAUCAGGCCCAGUCUGGAUGGAUGAUGUGUACUGUAGUGGAUCAGAGUCCACACUGAAGAACUGUUUAUCAGCAGAAUGGGGAAAUCAUAACUGUGAUCAUUCUAAAGAUGCUGGAGUCAUUUGUGCAGAAGUCAGGCUCUUUGGUGCUUCUCGCUGCUCUGGGAGAGUGGAGGUGCUUCGUGGCGAGACCUGGUCCACAGUGUGUGAAGCUGACUUUGACCAGCAGGAUGCAGAGGUUGUGUGCCGAGAGGUGGGCUGUGGGCUUCCUGUGGAGGUGCUGGGAGCAGCAGCUUUUGGCAGAGGGGAGGGUCAGGUGUGGUCAGAGGAGCUUCAGUGUAGAGGCAACGAAUCUCAGAUUCACUUUUGUCCAACAUCAUCUUCACACAAACACAACUGCUCUCAUGACAGUGAUGUGGGACUGGUGUGUUCUGACAGUGUGAGGUUGGUGAAUGGUGACAGUCGCUGUGCUGGGAGAGUGGAGGUUCUUCAUAGAGGACAGUGGGGAACUGUUUGUAGUCGUGGCUGUGAUAUGACUGCUGCUGCAGUGGUGUGUAGAGAGCUGGGCUGUGGAGAGCCUGCAGAACAACCACAAUAUGGUCGGUUUGGACCAGGAUCAGGACAAAUUUGGAUGGAUUAUUUGCACUGUAGUGGAUCAGAGUCCACACUGAAACACUGUAGUUCACUAGGAUGGGGUAAACAUGAAUGUGGGCAUUAUGAUGAUUGUGGAGUUAUCUGCUCUGGCCGCAUGUCCAGACUUACUGAUGGUCCUCAUCUGUGCUCUGGGAGAGUGGAGGUUCUUUAUGGAGAGACCUGGUCCACAGUGUGUGAUGCUGACUUUGACCUGCAGGAUGCAGAAGUUGUGUGUCGAGAACUGGGCUGCGGGCUUCCUGUGGAGGUGCUUGGAGCCGCUGCCUUUGGCAGAGGGGAGGGUCAGGUGUGGUCAGAGGAGCUUCAGUGUAGAGGCAAUGAAUCUCAGAUUUAUUUCUGUCAAAAAACAUCUUCAUUCAAACGCAGCUGCUCCCAUGAAAGUGAUGUGGGACUGGUGUGCGCUGGUUACACUGAAGCUCGGCUGGUGAACGGCUCUGACUCCUGUUCUGGUCGAGUGGAGCUCCAGUACCUCAGUGAGCGGGGCUCAGUGUGUGAUGUAAGCUGGGAUAUGAGAGCUGCCAGUGUCCUCUGUGGUCAGCUGAACUGUGGGAGUGCUGUGGCUGUGUUGGGGUCAGACUGGUUUGGGGAGGGGAGUGGCCAGAUCUGGGCUGAUGUGUUUGAUUGUCAGGGGAACGAAACUCACCUGUCAAAAUGUCCCAUUUCAUCAUGGAGUCGAACUGCAUGUUCUCAUAAACAGGAUACUGGAGUCAUCUGCAGUGUUUCCUCACUGGAGUUUCAUGAGGGACGAGUGAGGUUGUCUGGAGGGAUGAAGUGUGAAGGGGAGGUGGAGGUGUACUUCAUGCAGGACUGGAGGAGAGUUCUGCUGGACUCCUGGAGUGAGUCUGAGGCCUCUGUGGUCUGCAGACAGCUGGGCUGUGGCUCUGUGUUCAGCUUCUCCAGCUCCUCUACAUCCAGUCCUGAACACAGUCACAUGUGUGUGACGGGCUUCAAUUGUUCUGGGAGUGAAGCUCAUCUGGGGAACUGCAGCAGCGCACAAGCGGUCAACUGUAGCUCCAGAGAACAGCUCUCAGUCACCUGCUCUGGUAAGUUUAAUCCAGCUCACAGCUCCAUCAGGCUGGUUGGUUCUGGGGGAGACUGUGCAGGAAGGCUGGAGGUUUUCCACAGCGGCUCAUGGGGGACAGUGUGUGAUGACUUGUGGAAUAUUGAGGAAGCACAGGUGGUGUGCAGACAACUGCAGUGUGGAUUGGCCCUCAGUGCUCUGGUACCAGCCCGAUUUGGGCCUGGAACCGGACCCAUUUGGCUGAAUGAGGUGGAGUGUGAUGGUAAUGAGACGUCCCUGUUGAACUGUAGACACCAUUUUUCUGGAGAGGAUGAAUGUGAACACAAGGAAGAUGUAGGGGUUGUGUGUUCAGAAUUUAAAGAGUUCAGACUCACUGAGGGCUGUGAGGGGAAUCUGGAAUUGUUCUACAAUGGAACCUGGGGUAAUGUGUGUGUAAAUGGGAUGGAUGCAGAAACAAUGAGUUUGAUCUGUCAAGAGCUGAACUGUGGAAGAUCUGGCGGUGAGAUGGCUACGAAAGCAAGAGUGGAAUCAGCUCCUAACUGGCUGGAUGAUCUGACAUGUAGGAAACAUGACUCCACUCUGUGGCACUGUCCAUCUUCACCCUGGAGGGAGAACAACUGUGAUAAUAGCAAUGAGGUGGCUCACAUUACCUGCUCAGAAAACAAAAAUCGUAAUGUGUUACGAAGUCAUCUAAAAUGCUCCUCAUCUCUCCAUCAGGCCUAUCAGAGAAAAUGCUCAAAACGCCUGCCUCUUAGAUUGAUGAGAGGAAAUGGAAGCUGCUCUGGGAGGCUGGAGGUGUAUCAUAACUCUAAGUGGGGGUCCAUCUGUGAUGAGCUUUGGGACAUCAGGGAUGCUCAGGUGGUCUGCAGGCAGCUGGGCUGUGGGCCAGCGCUGAGUGCUGAUGGGAGAGCUGUCUUUGGUGCUGGUGAAGGGCCUAUCUGGCUGAACAGAGUGAAGUGUAGAGGGAAUGAGAUUCACCUGUGGGACUGUCCUCAUUCCCUGAAGAACCACACUGACUGCUCCCACAGGCAGCACGCUGGAGUCACCUGUGAAGACAAAUCUAUGCCUUCUACUACUACACCCAUAAUUACAACCACCACCACCACAGUUCGUCAGCCAGUUAAGACAAAAACCCCUCCUCUGCAAACUCCUCCACCAGUUGUUCCACCCAUCUAUCCAUUUUUUCUCCUGGUUCUGGGAGCGGUGCUCUUCCUGGCCUUAGUCCUUCUGUUUGUGCUGUUUUACCAGAACAGAGUGCUCAGGAGAGUGCUCUCUAAGAGGAGGCGUAAGACUCUGACUGAGGUAGUCUAUGAGGAGAUUGACCGUAGAUACAUCACUAAAGGAAAUAACUCCACUCAAAGGGGAAGUAUCCUCUCUGAAGCACAGCAUUCAGGAUAUGAGAAUGUGGAUGAGGAGCUUCUCACAGGAAGUAUCCCCUCUGAAGAACAGCAUUCAGGAUAUGAGGAUGUGGAUGAGGAGCUCCACUUGGGUGAAUCAGCAAAAGAGGACACAGCAGACAGCUAUGAUGAUGUCAUCACUGCUGGACAGAUCUCUGUUAGUGUAGCAGAGGGCUUAGCGCAGAUUUAUGAUGAUGUCAUCACUGCUGAUCAGAGCUCAGCUGCUGUAACAGCAGAUGUCUAUGAUGAUGCUGUUACCAUGGGACCAAACUCCAGCAUUAUGGAAAUGGACACUCGAGAGAGCAAUGAGGAUAUCAUCACUAAUGAACAGGAUGAAGGGCUAAAAGAUUAUGAUGAUGUGGAGGAAGAGCCUCAGACAGAGAUGUAUCAUGUGACUGAGAGACCACAGCCAGUGUCUUUCCUCGGGACAUUAUAUUCAAACCUCUUCGGACGCAAUAAAUGAUUUUGUUAUAGAUCAUAUUUUGUACCUUAAGAAGCAUAAGCAAUGUUUAUUGUAGCUUCGCACAUGUCAAAUAGGAUAUGGUGGUGUUAAAAUUGAGUGUUGAGAGGAUUACAGACAUUCAUACUGUUGUCACUCAAAAACUGCCAUUAUAACUGUAAAAGGGUUUUUCUGUUCUGAUUGUAUGAUUAUUAUGUGAGUAUUAUGCAUCCCCAGAGCCUUAGUCACAGCUGCAAGUCAAUUUCUCUAUCUUCAGUUUCUUAUGAAUUAAGUGUGUAAUAGAAUGUCCUGCUAUGGUCAGAGAGGUAACUCUCCAGUGUGCUUUUUAUAUUUUGACCAGCAGUAUAACUGAUAACUGUUUAUUUGUCACUUUGUGUCUCAGAAAUGUUGUGUUACUCUUUUAGGAGGAAAAGCUUUAGCUUACUGUGUUGUCUACAUAAAAACAGAAAAUAGAUUAAAAAAAAAAAACAGCAGAGUAUAUUAUCUUUGAUUAAGUAUAGUCUCAGGUUACAUGGAGUGUAAAGAUACACAGAGUAUAAACAUGGUUUUCUGUUGUUAAAGAGGGACUUUAGCCCCAAUAAAGGCAAUCUGAACAGUGUUCAUCACCCCAAGACAGUGAGGGAACAGUCUGAGAGGACCCAGAAUUCUCAGACCAGAAAACCAACCCAUUAUUUAUUAUUUUAGCUGAGAUUUAAUUCUUUUUUUAUUUGUUUCUUUGUUUUUUAUUGUUUUCUUUAUAUACUGAUAAUCAAUUAUUUGGUCAUUAUAAAACAGAAUGUAAUAAAAGAAAAUAUCUUUGAAUAAAUAUGACAAAGUCAGUUUGGUUUGACAGAAUGGAAUUAAUUUUGUGAUGAAAGAUUAAAAAACCCAUUAACCAGU